ACCGGCGCGGACAUAUGCACGGGCCGGUUCAUUAAAUUGUCGGUUCUUGGUCGUCUGGUUAAUUAAAAAAAAUAAAAAAUAACUAAAAAAUGAUAUUUUUUUGAAAAAGCCGAACCUCAGGUUCCGAUUUCAGUUCGGAACCGAAACAACCGGUUCAAAAUGUAUAAACUAUAAAGUAUUGUCAUGAAUCGAACUGGUCAAAACCACGGGCCGGUUCAAGACUCAUGGCCAAUGAGCCGGUUUGUGUCAGUUCGGCCCGAACCGACAGGAUGGGUCGGCCCAUGACCAUGUCUACUCGGUUCCAAUAAUAGCUACAAUAAUAUGCAGCCCGGGGUCAAAAAAAUUUCUGGUGGUGUGGUUCGAGAGGAUUAAGAUGAAAUCAAAGUUAAAAUGGGCGGCGCUUGGCGUGCUCGUGCUAUCGUUUGCUUCGAUAAUGGUGCAUUUGUUCCUGGCUAAGUCGAGCACGAGGUUUGCGGUGUGGGUACAGCUUCCAUCGACCCCGAGGAUUUGAAUCCUGUUGAAAAUUCUGGUAGAAAGGGUGUUGGAUAUAGGAGAUUGUGGGGGAAGGUAAACAGUUUGGAGCCACUGCAGCCAUAUGCAAACCCGAGAAGUGUACCGUAUCCUGUUCCAAACGAGCAGAACAAUGGUUUCAUUUACGCGAAAAUUCACGGUGGCUUUGAGAAGAUUAGGACCUCGAUCUGCGAUCUUAUUGCAGUUUCAAGGCUUCCCAAUGCUACCCUUGUUAUACCUGAGAUUCAAGAAAGCACUCAAUCAAAAGGCAUCAGCUCAAAGUUCAAGAGCUUUUCAUAUUUAUAUGAUGAGGAGAAGUUUAUAAAAGCUCUAGCAAGUGAUGUGAUCAUUCUGAAGAGCCUACCGUCAAGCUUGAAGGAGGGCAGGAAAAGGAAACAAUAUCCAAUCUUCAAACCUAAAAGUUCAUCUACCCCGAAAUACUAUUUAUAUGAAGUUCUACCAAAACUUAAAAUUGCUAAGGUCAUUGGGUUAGUACUUGGCGAUGGCGGAUGCUUACAGUCCAUCCUUCCUUCAAGCUUGGUUGAGUACCAGAGGCUCAGGUGCCGAGUGCAUUUCCGUGCAGAGAUUGUUGACCUUGCACAUCGAAUUGUAGAAAAGCUACGAGGUUCUGGUCAACCAUAUCUUGCUUACCAUCCAGGGUUGAAGAGGGAUACUCUAGCAUAUCAUGGCUGUGCUGAACUUUUUCAGGUUGGUCUUCUCCUUCGAGCUAUGGGUUACCCUCCUAGAACAAGAAUUUACUUGGCUGGUUCCGAAACUUUUGGUGGCCAACGAGUUUUCAUUCCAUUACGGCCUCUUCCUCCACCACCCGAGCGACCUAUUUAUAGGCAUGAAAAGGAAGGCUGGUAUGGGUGGAUUGGAGAAAAAGGGUCCGAACCAGAUCCUACACCGAAGAAUCCAAGGGAUCAGGCUCAUCGUUUGCUGUCGGAUGCGCUCGAUUAUAUUGUUUCUGUUGAAGCUGAUGCCUUUUUUCCUGGUCUUGAUAAUGAUGGUAGUGGGUUGCCGGAUUUUUCCAGCUUGGUGAUGGGGCACAGGCUUUUUAAAACGGCCUCAAGUAGAACAUAUAGACCUGACAAAAGAUAUAUUACGAAACUGAUCAACACGACAAGUAACCAUCUUUACCACCCCCCACGCAACUGGACCCUUACAGCGAGAGAACACCUCAACAAAAGCUUAUCGGAAGAUGGUAUUCUCCAAGAAUCCAAGAGGGCAAAGCCUAAGUCAUUCCUUUCCCACCGGUUACCCGAGUGCUCGUGUUCUACAGUAAAAAAUGCCGAUUUCCAAAAGGGUACCAAACUCCAAACUCUUUACUCGGUACAGGAAAGCUGCCAUUCAGGGUUAGAACAAAAUCCAACUACUGUCAUCUCACAAGAGAGCACUGGUGAUGAUAACGAAACAGAAGAAGAUGAAAAUGAUACAGAUGUGCAGGAACCGGAUGAUAAUAGUCAAGUCAAUACAGUCCCAUCUGUUGAAGAAGAUGAGGAAAUGGACCCGGGUGAUUAAAGAUCAUUGUGUGCACGUCUUUUCAGGAGGUGCAUUUGAAGAUUUUUAUUUAUUUAUUUAUUUAU